CAACUGAUAUAUUUGAUAAUUUGUUAUUGUUAAAACAAGAAAGAACAGGAAAAAAGCUCUUCAAUGAGAUUUUUCUAACCUUUGUUUAUUAAUGAUGGAUGGAUGGCAUUAUCUAUUGGAAUCGUAUUCUUCUAAGUUGAACUAGAGCUGCAAAAGUUGACAUCAAUCACCAAAAAUAAGGAAUUUGAUACCGAUCCUUUUGAGUCAUUAGCAGAAUUUUAUUUCAAAAUACUGUCUUAGUUUUGUUGAUUAUUCUGUACCCAAAUCGAACAAAUUACUUUAAAAACAAUAAUAGCCCCUUUAUUUCACUUCUACAAUUUAAGAUUAACAAGAACCAUCUCAGAAGAUGAACUUCUUGGUGGAUUUUCUAAUUUACUUCCAAUUUUUCUUGUGGUUUUGAAUUUUUGUUAUAAUAAUGUGAGUUGUUUCGAAUGCAAACCAGAAUCCUCGUUGGUAUGCUGCGAUCUCGUCACUGAAACAAGCUUCGUGUCAAGUGGGUUGACAAGGAGGGGAAAAAAUCAUAAAGGCCUCUGUUUUCAUAAUGCUAUAACUUAUUUUCUUUGAGAGUUGAAGCAUAAGAGAACGAGUCUUGAGUUUGCUUUUUAAAACCAAGCGACGACCUUACUUGAACAAGAUUGGUUCUAUAGGUUACAACUCAAGAACUGAAGGGUCUGAACUCUGAACUUAUUGUUCUAACUGGAGCAUAAACGAUUUCAAUAGGCAGAAGAAUGGAAUAAGUUGUUUUUCUUUAGCAAGUAGUGGUAAUUGGUUAAACUAAUGGCAGAGAUUCGCAGAGAAGAUGGUGGGGGAAAGCUUUUGAUACAAAACUUUUUCUUUACGUGAUUGAAUAAAAGUAAGAAGACUGACAAUAAAAUAACGAACUAGGAGAUGCUUUUUUGGCUUUAGGUUACAGAGGAGGUGGUGAUGGUUUCUUUCUUGUUCCAAGAGAGGUAUCACUCUUUUUGCUUCUUUUCACAUAUCUCUAACUCACCUUUAUGUUUCUAUUUCCUACAAACUUAAGUGGGUCUUGAGCUGUAAAAACUCAUUUUUUUCCCAUUUUCACUCUCAAGUUUCUUCCUAGUUCUUUCACUCCAAUGCUCGCCUUCUGAAACUUUGGCCCUUGUUUGAUUUUGUUGUUCCAUUUCUUGGUUUUCGUGUGGGAUAAAGGCAUAACUUUUGUCCAGGACUUUGACUUGUUGGUUUUUGCCUUGUAUUGGUUCUUCUUGGGCUUUGAUAAUUCAAGAAAUUGGAGUUUCUUUAUAGCAUUAGAAGACAAUACUUGGGAUAAGAGUUGUGAAUUGUUUAGAAGAAAAGAAGGAAAAGAAAAAGAAGCAUGGCAGGAGGUGGAACGUCUGCACCACCGCCAAAACAGGAGGAGCUGCAGCCACAUCCAGUGAAAGAUCAACUACCAAAUGUUUCUUAUUGCAUUACCAGUCCUCCUCCAUGGCCCGAAGCAAUUCUACUUGGUUUCCAACAUUACUUGGUCAUGUUGGGAACAACAGUGCUAAUUCCCAGCUCUUUAGUUCCCCAGAUGGGAGGAGGAAAUGCAGAGAAAGCAAAGAUGAUCCAAACACUGUUGUUCGUCGCUGGUUUGAACACGUUGCUGCAAACAUUUUUUGGUACUCGUUUACCUGCAGUAAUUGGAGGAUCUUAUUCAUAUGUGCCAACAACAAUUUCAAUUAUUUUGGCGGGUCGAUAUAGUGACAUUGUAAAUCCCCAAGAGAAAUUCGAGAGAAUUAUGCGUGGAAUUCAGGGUGCUCUCAUUGUUGCCUCAACUCUCCAGAUUGUAGUCGGUUUCAGUGGUCUUUGGCGAAAUGUUGCAAGGUUCUUGAGUCCACUCUCUACUGUUCCUUUGGUAGCUCUCUCAGGAUUUGGGUUAUAUGAAUUGGGUUUUCCAGUGCUAUCAAAGUGUGUAGAGAUUGGCCUUCCACAGCUCAUCCUACUUGUGGUAUUCUCACAGUAUAUACCUCACAUGAUAAAAGGUGACAGACACGUAUUCGACCGUUUUGCUGUUAUAUUUUCAGUUGUGAUUGUUUGGAUAUAUGCUCACCUACUCACUGUGGGUGGUGCAUAUAAGAAUGUGAGUGUAAAGACUCAACUAAGCUGUCGUACUGAUCGUGCGGGAAUUAUAGGUGGUUCUCCAUGGAUUAGUAUCCCAUAUCCCUUUCAAUGGGGAGCACCCACAUUUGACGCUGGAGAAGCUUUUGCAAUGAUGGCUGCUUCAUUUGUCGCACUCGUUGAGUCCACUGGUGCCUUCUUUGCGGUUUCUAGAUACGCUAGUGCAACUCCACUCCCACCAUCUGUUCUUAGCCGUGGUGUCGGUUGGCAGGGAGUGGGCAUCUUGUUUUCUGGUAUAUUUGGCACAGGAAACGGAUCCUCGGUAUCUAUUGAAAAUGCUGGAUUGUUAGCAUUAACACGUGUUGGUAGCCGGAGAGUGGUCCAAAUUUCUGCUAGUUUUAUGAUAUUCUUUUCUAUACUGGGAAAGUUUGGAGCCAUCUUUGCUUCAAUUCCGGCCCCGAUAAUCGCAGCUCUAUACUGCUUUUUCUUUGCCUAUGUUGGUUCAGCAGGUCUCAGCUUCCUUCAGUUUUGCAAUCUCAACAGUUUUAGGAUCAAGUUCAUAUUAGGCUUCUCUAUCUUCAUGGGGUUAUCAAUUCCUCAGUACUUCAAUGAGUACACUGCUGUUAACGGCUAUGGUCCUGUCCACACUAGAGCAAGAUGGUUCAAUGACAUGAUCAACGUGCCUUUUGCAUCCGAGCCGUUUGUUGCUGGAUUUUUGGCUCUGUUCCUCGACGUCACACUACAUAGCAAGGACAAUGCAACAAAAAAGGACAGAGGAAUGCACUGGUGGGAUAAAUUUCGCUCAUUCAAAACCGAUACAAGAAGCGAAGAAUUCUAUUCUCUUCCUUUCAACCUCAACAAGUUUUUCCCAUCUGUUUGACUUCACUUCAGAUUAAAUGGUUUUGUAGUCAUGACAUCAAGUUGAAGGCUAUGUGAUAGUGUAAUAGUAUGCCUUGUAGUACCUGAUGUUUUAUUCUUUUUUCUUUUCUUGAGAAAAAGUAUAUUAUAUAUGAAAAUCCCCAUUUGUGAGUCUUGCCAAUACUUUUUAGCUAAAUCCAAUGUGUGUUCGCUUCAGAUAACAGUGAAGUUUUCAUGGGGUUAUCCUUUAAUUCAGGUCAUGUUUUAGUAUAUUAUUUUUAGAAUAUUGAAAAACUUACGCCUCUUUUUUCUUUU